CAAGCAAGCAUAGCUAGUUUCAGGUUUUUACGUGAGCUUUUAGCCCAUCGGCUCAAAUGGCAAGCUUGUUCACUUAUCUGUUGUUUCUUCUGGCCAUCUUCUUCAUCUCACCAGCUGUAUCAUUGCCUUUGAAAAUAGGGUUUUAUCAAAAAACAUGCCCAUCAGCUGAGGCUAUCGUGAUGAGUACAGUGAAGGCAGCAUUGGCUAGUGAUCCUGGAAUACCAGCGGCUCUCAUCAGACUCCAUUUCCAUGAUUGUUUCGUGAGGGGUUGUGAUGCUUCUAUACUUCUCGAUUCCACACCCAGCAAUCGAGCAGAGAAAGACAGCAUGGGGAACAAGGGUGUGCAGGGCUUCCAGGUCAUCGACGAAGCAAAGGCUAAGAUAGAAGCUCAAUGCCCGAACACUGUUUCAUGUUCGGAUAUCCUUGCCUUUGCAGCUCGUGACAGUGUCACCCUUGCCGGUGGCCUUCACUACGGUGUUCCUUCGGGGCGUGGCGAUGGGAGGGUUUCUUCCGAAGCAGAAGUGACUCAGAACCUCCCCGAUGCAUUCUUUAAUGUGACACAGUUGAAACAAAAUUUCGCACGGAAAGGUUUGUCAAUGGAGGAAAUGGUAACACUCUCGGGUGCUCACUCAAUCGGGGAUUCACACUGUUCUUCAUUCUCGAAACGUUUAUACUCUUUUGAUAAGACUUCUACACAAGAUCCAUCCAUGGAUCCGUCUUACGCCAGGCUCUUGAAGGCUAAAUGCCCUCGGCCGUUGAACACUCGGACUGGUCCUGAUCCAUUGGUGCCUUUUGAUCCUGUAACUCCCAACCGGCUUGAUAACAACUAUUACAAGAACUUGAAGAGCAGCAAGGGACUGCUGGCUUCAGAUCAAGUGCUUUGGAAUAGUAUGUUGACAAGGAAGUUCGUGAAAGAGAAUGUGAACCACCCAAGUGCUUGGGCUGCAAAGUUUGCCGCUGCAAUGGUGCACAUGGGUUCCAUUGAUGUGCUCACUGGUAAACAAGGAGAAAUCAGGAGGAACUGUAGGGUUGUGAAUUGAAGAUCUGCUGGAGAGUGCUGAAAUUUAUAGUUUCAUGUGUUUGCUUUGAUAUUUCACAACAGAGU